GAGACAUUCCUGGUGCUUGCUGCAACAUGUGGGCGACCCUCGCACCGUGAUGUCAGCUGUGCGCUCCCCGCUGAGAAGCCGCUCGGCUGGGAAGUUUCUCUGAAGCAGCCGGGAUUGUUCGUAUUCUUCUCAAAAUCACCAGGGAUGGUUUGUGCCUGUUUGACGCGUCGUCUUUUUCCUCUUUGGAAUUAACGCGAGGAAAUGAAGGUGACCGUGUGUUUCGGACGGACCCGGGUGGUUGUCCCGUGCGGGGAUGGGAAUAUUAAAGUGACCAGCCUCGUCGAAAAAGCGGCCAUGAGGUACAAAAGGGCCAUCGCGAAGGACCCCAGCUACUGGGUUCAGGUACACAGGUUGGAACACCGUGAUGGAGGAAUCCUUGACCUUGAUGAUGUUUUGAGUGAUGUGGCAGAUGACAAAGACAGGUUGGUGGCUGUGUAUGAAGAGCAGGAUCCUCACAAUGGAGGUGAUGGUACAAGCGCCAGCUCUACAGGCACUCAGAGUCCCGAGCCAUUUGCUGGCGAGCUGAGUUCAACAUCAGCCUUCCAACCUUACCAGGCGGACAGCGAGAUUGAGGUCACUCCAUCUGCUUUGAGAUCAAACAUGCCUCUCCAUGUCCGGCGAAGUAGUGAUCCCUCCCUGGUUGGCCUUCCAUCUGCUGAAAUCUCAAUCGGUAAAGAAGAACCAUCCAGAAAGGACCCAAACCGCUGGUCCACAACUGCUGGUUUCCAAAAGUAUAACAACAAGCCACAAACAAACCCUGAUACCAACAGCCUUGAGCGAAAGGGCAGAGGAGGACAUACAUACCGGAGUCUUCCACGAAAUGCAAGUGGCCGCACCACUCAGUUUCAAAGAGAGAUGACUAGAUCCUCCCUAAGUGCAAAUCACCCAAUGAUAGACCAUUGGCUUGAUCGACAAGAACAGGAGUUUGAAGAGACGAGACAAACUCGUGAUCAAAGAAUUGAAAGAACAGAACCAGUAGGACGAGCUGACUCCUCAUUGGACCAUUCACCAGUGUUAACUCUAGAAGCCAUGCUCAAGCCAGUUGAGGUGUCCAAUACAGGAGGGCCGCUGGGGAUCCACGUAUUGCCAUUCAGUUCACAUGAUGUCAGGACCCAGGGCUUGCUAGUCAAGCGUUUGGAGCGUGGAGGCAAGGCAGAGCAGGAGCAUCUCUUCCAGGAGAAUGAUUGUAUUGUCAGAAUAAACCAAGGAGAUAUACGCAAUCUUCGCUUCGAACAAGCCCAGAACAUUUUCACGCAGGCGAUGUCUUCCCCCGUCAUCCUUUUUCAUGUCGUCCCAGCCGCCAUGAAACGGCAGUACGAGAUACUUGCAAGCAAAAGUGAACUUAGCUCACCUCAUUCAAACAGAGUCCGAUUCAGCCGAGACUCUACGCAUUCGGGUGACAGGACCAGCCUAGUCGGUGGGCGGACGUCCAGUCAACAGGGAUCACUGGCUGGGAGCACUCCAGAGCCAAGACGGAGAUAUGGCACACCAGCACAAUCAUUGGUCUCUAGUACCUCAUCCAAUUCUUCACCUUCCCUCCAGCGCAGAAUAAGCACAACACAGUCCAGCAGCUCCUACGCCAAAGGCAAAGGUCGCAGAUUAAAAAUACAGCUGAAGAAAGGUCCGGAAGGUCUUGGGUUUAGCAUUACAUCCAGAGAUGUUCCUAUUGCAGGAAGUGCCCCUAUUUAUGUUAAAAACAUUCUCCCUCGAGGGGCCGCCAUCCAAGAUGGGAGACUAAAAGCUGGAGACCGUCUCCUGGAGGUUGGUGGAGUAGAUUUGAAUGGUAAGACUCAGGAAGAGGUGGUGACUCUGCUCCGAGCGGCACCUAUGGGUGGGACUGUGAACCUUUUAGUGAGUCGCCAGGAUGACCCUCUGCUGCCUCGAGAAGUGCAACUGGGGGAUGAUGACCUGGUGUUGACCUCUGAUGUUGCACGGGAGUUCAUGACCUUCGAGAUCCCGCUGAACGACUCUGGUUCGGCGGGCCUAGGGGUCAGCGUCAAGGGUAAUAGAUCCAAAGAGAAUCACACCGAUUUGGGCAUAUUUGUUAAAUCCAUCAUCAAUGGAGGUGCUGCUAGCAAGGAUGGCCGUCUACACAUAAAUGACCAACUCAUCGCAGUCAACGGGGAGUCGUUGCUCGGUAAUACCAAUCAGGAAGCAAUGGAAACACUUCGGAAAUCCAUGUCGGUCGAAGGCAACAAACGAGGAAUGAUUCAACUCAUUGUAGCCCGGCAUGCUGCUCAAAACACAGAGGAGGUCCCUGGCAUCCAAUCUAUGCAUGGCCAUCCAAUACAAUCUUCCAGCCUUCAGGAUAACCAUGAACGCCGGAUAUCCCAUUCCCUAUAUGAAACCAUUGAGGACUUUGAUAAUACCUCCACACCAUUAGCAAAAUCAGUUGGACACAUUGGUAAAUAUCAGUUCUCUCCCACUGUGAACAUGCCUCAGGAUGAUAUUGUAUUGAUAGAAGAUGACAGGCCGCCCCUGCUUCCUGCCCACUUCUCGGACCAGUCAUCUUCAAGUUCUCACGAGGACCUGGGAUUUGUGGGAGGGAACUCUGUGCAAUGGAUCCAUGAUGUCCCCAGUCAGAAUGAAUGCUCCUUGAGUCCUGAUGCAGACCCCAAUGGCUCUUUUCAAAGGGAGGGAUUUGCCCGCCAAAGUAUGUCAGAAAAGCGGACUAAGCAGUAUGAAAAUGCCGCACAGCUGGAGAUCAUCAAGUCUCGAAAGUCUAAGAGCAUGGAUCUUGGUUCUUCAGGACAAAAUGUCGGCCCCUCGCUGGGCCUCAAAAAGUCCAGUUCCCUUGAAAGCCUCCACACGGCACUUGCCGCAGCAACACGGAACGGUGAGAUCAAUGUCAACAGGCCGCGCUCUCGAAUCAUCCGGGGCCGAGGUUGCAAUGACAGUUUCAGAGCGGCAAUCGACAAGUCGUAUGACAAACCAAGUGUUAAUGAACCUGAGGAAGAAAACAGCAUGGAUAUGCUGGACGAAGACACGGAGGGAAGUUCCCGAUCGGGUCAUGACUCAGUGUCUGCCAGCGGUGACCUCAUCAUUGGCCCCAGUCUCAAUGGCAACAGCUCCAGAGACGACAGGUUGAAAGAUCUGGACAAGGUAGAAAAGAAGAAGCCAGAAAGAGAUAAAGAGAAAGACAAGGACAAGAACAAAGCAAAGAAAGGCAUGCUAAAGGGCCUCGGUGAUAUGUUCAGGUUUGGAAAGCACCGCAAUAAUGAACAAGCAGCAGACAGAGUGGAGAGGAGGGCCUCCAGUAAAUCUAAAGCUGAGGACGUGCAGGCAUCUGAGGAGGAAACCCAGCGAAUGAGGCUUGAACAAGAGAGAAUACAGGCCAAGAUGCGUGAGCUCCGGGAGAAACAGGCAAAGGAGCGAGAAUAUGCUGAAAUUCAAGAUGUCAUCGGCCACUCCACUUUUAGCUCGGACGAAGAGCACACUUACGCUGGCAUCGGAUCUUGGGACUCAUCGGUGGACGGCAGUAGCCAUGAGCCUUACGGCAGUCACCACCAGUACCAUCUCCCUCAAGAUCCUCACCCUUCCACCAAUCUUCAGAACAACAAUACACCUCUAGAGGCACUCUAUGCUCAGGUCAACAAACCUCGCAACGGCCGCGUUGCCUCUGCAGACGGUAAGACGACUCCGAGUAACCAUGACCGGAUACAAAGGCUGAGGCACGAGUUCCAGCAGGCAAAGCAGGACGAUGACAUGGAAGAUCAUCACGAGUCUUACAGCUUGGAUCAGUCUAAGCCUAGUAACGGAAUGGAGAUACAAAGUGGACGCCAUUCGGUGACAAUGGAGUCUCAAAUUCAAAAGCGGCACCAUGAGGACCGAGGCAGUUUUCACCAAGCCCAAAGACAAUACAGUUCUCUGCCACGCCCGCCACGUAAGAAUCCAAGCAUCGUGUCUCAGGACACAUGUGACAAUCCAUACCCACCAGCAGAUCAGGGUGCCAUUGGCAACCCACGUCUCUCUGGCAGCCACGGAUCACAUAACGGCUACCUGGGAACUUCCAGCUUUAACACUCGCGUCCUAUUGGAAACUCAGGAGUUGCUGAGACAGGAGCAGAGACGAAAAGAGAUGGAGAGCGUCAAAGUCCAUCCACCAUCUGAACAGGGACCCUCUAGCACCAUCAGUAAGGACCGCUCUCAAGCACCAAAGCAGGCGCCACCCAAAUCCAAAGGUCCCUAUAGACAGGACGUUCCCCCGUCUCCAACUCAACUAGCCAGGCUCAGUCGGCUUCAUAAGGGCUCAGAGAAAGGGAGGCAGUUUUAUUCCUGAGACCAAAAGACGAGGGACGUACGGGAAAAUUAGAACUGAUUCGUAAAAGGAAAAAAAAUGCGAGCAAGUAGUCCAAAUGCUGUGAUAACAUGAAUUUUAUCGGAGUAUUUAAUUUUUUUUAUGACAUUUCCACUGUAUGUAAAAUAUGACUUGGAAUAUUUUCUAAUCUAGAAAAUGUAUAUAAGUGCCUUUUUUCCACUAUUACGCUUCUGGUACCGGCUUUGUAUUUUGGGAUAUUUUGAUCAUAAAAUGCUGGAUUUUUACGUAGCAACUAGGCCUGAACGAUAUUGGAAAAAACUAUCAUUGUGAUUUUGGGGAGGGUUGCGAUAUAUUGCGGUAUUAUAUUGCGAUAUUAAAACUAAACAAAUUUCCACCAGAUAAUUUGAACAGCUCUGUUUGGGAUUGGCCUGAACGAAAUUGGAAAAAUUCAAAAUUGGGAUGUACUGUAUAAUGCCAAGGCUUUACACUUACUUUUUGCAUUGUUUUUUUUUUUAAAGCGAAAGUUCAGGAAUUUUUACAUCAGGCUUAAUCUUAGAGUUCAUGGGGGUUUAAUUAGUUGGGGGAGUUUAUUUCAACAGCUAACAUGUCAAUAAAAAACAAUAUUAACAGAUCUAACAUAGUUAAAUAAAUUAAAAAUGAAGCUCAUUGUUCAAAAUAUCCGUACGGCCAAAACAAUGUCACACCAAACUGCCGUAGUUCAUUUUAUUCUGCAGCACUACUUUUUUUAGACGCGAAUAGAGAGGAGUGCUUCCGCCACUCGUGCUCAUUCUGCAUUCAAGGAAGGUGGGAAGUAGGGCUGCAGCUAUCGAUUAUUUUAGUAGUCGAUUAAUCUAUCAACUAGUUAGUUCGAACAGUCAAGUAAUCAGGUUAGGGACAUUAAAUGCGUUGCAGAAUAAAUUUUAGGAGAUUUAAAACAAAAGCUUGCUAAAAUUGCACUUUCUAAAGAGCACUGAAUGUGAAUACAAAGUAAAAUUCCCGAUCGUUUCUUCAAACAAACAGAAUUGCACUUUCAUUUAAAAAUAAAUUAAAAUGCCUGAACUUUACCUCAAACGGAAAUAAAUAAAUAAAUGAGUAUGUAAGUACAACAAGAGAACAAUUGGGUAACUUGGAUAGCAAACAUCUGCUAGCUUAAAUGCUAUAAAAUGCCAACUUUUUUUUUUACAAUGCUCUUAACAAAUCGUUCAAACACAUAUUCCCACAAAAAUGGCUAAAUAUACUCCUAAACUCAAUCAUGAAUGAAUAAACAAUCAUAUUAGCUCAAACAAAAACUUAUAUUGGUCUUAACAGGGAGCAGCUGGAUUUAGCCAUGUUACGAGGGGUAUUCAAAAAGUAAUGCACCCAACUUUAUUAUGUACAAACAAAUUAUAAUAGCAACAUGUAUUAUACAUCAGAUGAAAGGUACAAGUGUGAGGAUUCCAUUUUUACUUCUCCACAUAGUCUCCACCUCUCUCAAGAGCUACAGUCCACCUAUGAACGAGGGCAUGUACAGUAUACCAGUGUUGUAGAACUCAGCCGGUUGAUCUUUAAGCCAAUUCUUGACAGCAGUUUUCACUUCAUCGUCAUUGCCGUAACUGUUGCCCCGGAGUCCUUCUUCAAUUGGACCAAAGAGGUGGUAGUCUGAUGGUGCCAAAUCCGGAGAAUAUGGUGGAUGUGGUAUCACAGUCCCACAAUAUGAAGUGAUGAACUCCAUGGUCCUGAUGCUUGUUUGAGGACGUGCAUUGUCAUGCUGGAGGAGCACAUUUGCCAUGUCCAAGUUGGGCCGAACAUGUCGAAUUCUUGCUUCGAGCUUCCUAAGAGUCUCAAUGUAUAUCUCAGAGUUAAUGGUUUCCCCCUUUGGCAAAAAAUCCACAAGGAUUAUACCUUGAGAAUCACAAAACAUGGUGGCCAUAAUUUUGCCAGCUGACUUUUGGGCCUUGAACUUUUUGGUCCUUGGUGAAUUCUCUCAUUCACUGUUUUCAUGGUCUUCAGUAUUGUUUUUAAACCGCUGUACCCAUCUUUUUACAGUACUAUAGUAUAUGGUAUCAUCCUUGUGGACAUUUUCCAGCCGGUUGUGAAUACUCAGUGGGGUUUCUCCCUCUUCAACAAGGAAUUCGAUUACAGCUCUUUGUUUCUGGAGAGCUUCAAGAGGGGCAGCCAUUUUGGAAGCUAGUUUAAGCUUUAAAAAUCUGAAAAUAAGAAAAACACAUAUAACAAUCGCAAAAAGGUGUGUCCUAUCAUGUUUGUGCCAAAUAUAAACAAGAUUGGUAAAAUCUUGUACGAGCAAUGCACUUGAGUGCAUUACUUUUUGAAUGCCCCUCGUAAAUGAGUUAUGUCGUAUUCACUGUUGCCAGUAGAAGGCAGUGUAUCCAACCAAAUCAAUAAAACUAAAUGCAAACACUUUCAAAAUAAACCAAUCCAUCACCACUCUACUUAAACAAAUAUUCGAACCAGCAAAAUUUGAAACAAAGCUUUUUUCUAAUCGAGUUAAUCAAUUAAUCGUUACAGCACUAGUGGGAAGUAGGACUUGACCCACUUGGAUGGUACCUGUUGCCACCUCAAAGCGUUCCAAGUGAACGUAAACAGCAAGAUGGCUAAUCACGACAAGGUGUUUUUUAUUUUGGCCAACAAAAGACAUUUUGACCUACGGCAAACAUGCCUACUCGUAAGUGAUCAAAUAGUGGAGGAAAAACAACAGCUAAGGUAAAUAGCAUACUCUGAAAACUGCCUUCUUAGUUUUACUAUUGAUGGUCUGCUUUACUUGUGCCAUUUUGUCAAGUGACAAAUUGAAGCAACCUGUGAAGUCGUGGUACUUUUUUUUCCCGUCUUCGCAACUAGGACCUUCAAGUUCGAGUGGCGUUCCAAUGAUAUUUUUUGGGGUCGGAGUUUGGACAAUUCCGACUUCCCACCUUCCUUGAAUGCAGCAUUAGUCCACUGAGUCUUGACUGAAGAAUGGCAACAUGGUGAAAUGUGCAUUUAGAGGCUGUGUAAGCAGACAGAAGAAAUAGGCAAAUGAAGUGUCCACGAAUCCAUUAUGAAGAACAAGAAACAAUAUAAGCUGUAGUUUCUUGCUGCUGGCUACGACACAAGCACACCGGUGGAAAAAAUAUCACUAGGCUCUGCAGCCCUUUCCCUGCAGAGCUGCUGGAUUACAAACGUUGCUGUUAAAACUACAAUUAAUGACAUGCAAUGGUAAGUUUUAAUGACUUUAUCCUGAAAACAUAGCUAACACUAUUGAUUGCAUGGGUCAUCGGUGACUUUCAUUUGUGCAUAUGUAGUUUUUUUUAUUGGCUUGCUAUGAUGGGACCAUUGACUCGCGCUAGCUUUGCCACUCCAGAGCCCUGACACUAACAAAUAACAAACAAACUGCACAGAAUUUGUUGAAAUCAACUCCACUGACUAAUUAAACCUCCGAUAAAUCGAAGAUUAACCCUGAUGUAAAAAAUUCUGAUCUUCCCCUUUAAGGUCCAUCAGCACAAAAUUUAGGCGCGCCCACAUUUUUCAUUCCAUCACCUUUAACGCCAUAUUUUAUUCACUCUCUAUAACAUUCAUAUAAUUCAUUCAUCUCAAGGGGGCUGGAGCCUAUCACAACUCCAGGCAAAAAGCGCCAUGAACUGGUUGCCAGCCAGUCGCAGGGCAAACAUAGACCAGUGUUAAUCUUAUUUUAAAAAAGUAAUUAAUUACAGUUACAAAUGACUUCUCCCAAAAAGUAAUUGAGUUAGUAACUCAGUUACCUGAAUGUAAGAGUAAUUAGUUAAUUGGCAAAGUAACUGGUGUUACUUUUAAUGUUUUUGGGGGGGGUUUUUUCCAUUCCAAAAAAAAAUAAAAUAAAACAUUGGUCACACUAUGUGAAGUUCAAAGCGUCUUUUGGGACAAUUGGCCCUAGAUCAAUUCUUUACCCUAAACUUAACUAUACACAGGGGUAUUGCGGAUAUUGCGAUAACUAGAUAGUAACCUUUGCUAUUUAUGGAAGUCAUUUAAUGUUGUGAAUCAGCCAUUAAAGUUGUUAAAAUUGCUCCAGUUAUUUCAUUAGUUCCCUUCUGUCUUCUGUGAAACUUUUUAAACUGUGUCAUCAUUUAAAGAUGGGUUCAAGUCAAGCUUUUGCCAAUUUAGGAGUAUUUUAGAUUUUUAAAAAAGUUACUUAGGUUCACUAGGAACCUAGAGUCUUCCUGAGAAGUCUACUGGUUUAAGAUAGCGGCUGUUUACUAAAGUCGGCAUGUCAAUCAUUUUGCAUCUAGUUCUCUAUACAUGUGCUAACGCCACCGUGUCUGUCAUUUCACAUCUAGUUCUAUAUACUUGUGAUAUUUACCGUAGCAUCACGUGGGCGUAGUUUGUAGGCUAUUCGUUUACACUCAGGUAUUAUUGGAGCUAGCAUCACAUUUGCUACGGCGUCACAACUCCCUUGCUUCCUCCCCACUUUAGCUCUGCUCUCUCGUCUCCGUGAGUCCGUGUCUCUCAAACUUUUCUCGCGUCAUUCAACCAAUGUAGUAACACAUAGUCACGGUAACGGCGUUGCAAAGAUGAGAAAUGUAAAUAAUUAGAUUACUCAUUACUGAAAAAGAAAACCCGUUAUUAACAACACUGACAUAGACAUACAACCAUUCAGACACACACUCACACCUACGGACAGUUUGGAAAGUUCAAUCAGCAGGAACCCUGAAAAAACCCAAGCAGAUACCGGAAGACCAUAACCCUAAAUUCCACACAGGAAGACCAGAGAUUGAAGACCCGCGAUCCCACAACUGUGAGGUGAACGUGCUAACCAGUGCGCCACCAUGCAGCCAUCGUGAAUUAUUUUUAAGCAAAUAUGAAUUUGAAAAAUUCUUGUCUUUAUUAAAAGCUUCAUUGAGUGAGUCCACUCAGCCUCUCACACCUCCCUCCUGUUAAGCAGUGAGCUGGCUAAGUGCUUAAAGUUAAGGAUGAUUGUUUUGUAGCUUUGAUCUGGCGUUGGAUGACUCGCUAGCCCUACAAUCAAAGACAAUUCAUUCAUUGUGUAAGUGAGAGGCUGUUCUCAGCAACGUGAGCGUCAAAGUGUGAGUGACUUUGUGGUGCUGUACGAGCAUGUAGAAGAAAAACGACUUUGCGUAUGAAAAAUAAAAUAUCGCACAUCCUUGCGAUGCGAGUGGAUCACGCCUGCACAACACGAUGACGAUGUUCAAAUGAUAUCGUUCAGGCCUAGUAGCAACCCCAAAAAGUUUGCCCGUGUUAAGAAAUUUUUGGGUUUUGCACCACGCAUCAACAAAAAGUUUGAUUUUUUUUUCUCUUUGUUGUUUUCCUCUUUACAUUCUCUUCACUAGACUGCAAAAAAGGGGGAAAAUGGCUUUAGAACUAUUAUUCCAACCCUGUCUGACCUACCCAGGGAAUCUAGCCUCAUAAAUUAGGUCAGGUCAGGGUUAUUAAUUAAUGUACCUCAUUAAAAAUGAAUGCAGCCCUUUUGUGUUCAUUUUUUGUUGUUAUGUGUUAUGAGGAGCAAGAAACGCCAACCUUGCUGGCAAGGUUUCGGCCCCGGCCUUGUCCAAAAUGAUUGGGAUGUAAGUGAAGCCUGCUGGCCCUGAGUUGUCAGAGCUGUUCCUUGCUGAAUAUUUUAUCAGGUGGGUCACAUGGGAACCGCAGCAACUCUGUACCGGGUGGCCUCACUCUAGAAUAAAGUGGCAAUUUUAUCGGUUGUAUACAAUGGGGCUGAUUUGGUUUCCUCUCUAUGAUUAUAGUCAUUAAUGGAUCUCCAUUUAGCUAUGUUUUUGGCGUUUUAUCAAUACUUCAUUUUUUUCCCACUGAUGUGUAAGUGCUUAAAGCAUGAAACCAAUGAAUAAUGUAAAAUGUUGACUGGAACGUUAGAGUACAAUCUUUUUUUUUCUCAUCAUAGUUUUCCGAAAAAUGGGAAAAUCAUUUGCAUCGCUAUCAUUUUAAUGUCUUCAUUCCUGAAAGAAAAUAUGAGUUCUCAUUAAACCACUGGUAGUUCAAGCAAUGGACCUAUCGCUUAUCCACCCCCCCUUGGAGAACUCGGACAAUAGUGUCUGCUUUAACUAAAACCACUCAAACAUUUAUAGGUUUUCAUAUUUUAAUGAGGAUAGCAUUAAAACAAUGAUAGAAGGGGGAAAAUAAGUGAGCCCUCGGCCUAAGGAGACUUAACAAUUGAAAACAAUUUUAACAAGCAUUUUAAGUUAGGUGUGUGCCCAAUCACUGAUGAGUAGUGUAAAGCAGCCCUGCCCACUAUAAAGCACACACCUGGUAAGAAAUGUCUUGAUGAGAAGCAUUGUCUGAUGUGCAUCAUGGCUCGGUCAAAAGAGCUGUCUGAAGACCUGCGAUCAAGGAUUGUUGAUUUGUAUAAAGCUGGGAAAGGAUACCAAACCAUCUCUAAAUGUCCAGAUGUUCAUCAAUCGACAGUCAGAGAAGUUGUCUACAAAUGGAGAGAAUUUGGCACUGUUGCUUCUCUGCCAAAGAGUGGCCAUCCAUGAAAGAUGACGCCAAGACGUCCGCGCAGAAUACGCAGGUAAAAAAGAACCCAAGAGUGUCUGCUAAAGACUUACAGAAAUCACUGGCACAGUCCAAUAUCUCUGUGCACAUAUCAACUAUAUGUAAAACUGUGGCCAAGAAUCGUGUUCAUGAGUGGAUACCACGGAGGAAGCCACUGUGGUCUGAAAAAAAAACUCGCAAAAAGGCACUUGCACACUCCACAGAGGUUUUGGCAAAAUAUUUUGUGGACUGAUUAACCCAAAGUUGAAUUGUUUGGGACGUUACUCCCAACGCCAUGUGUGGAGGAAAAAUGGAAAAGCUCACCAACAUCAACACCUCAUCCCCACCUUGACGCAUGGUGGAGUGAGCGUAAUGAUUUGGGGGUGUUUUGUUGCCUCGGGGCCUGGACAACUUGCAAUAAUGGAAGAAUGAAUUCAAAAGUUUAUCAGGAUGUUUUGCAGGAAAAGCUGAGGCCGUCUGUCAGACAGUUGAAGCUAAAAAGAGGAUGGAUGCUGCAACAAGACAAUGAUCCAAAACACAGAAGUAAAUCAACUUCAGAAUGGUUUCAGAAGAACAAAAUACACGUUCUGGAGUGGCCAAGUCAAGACUUGAACCCCAUUGAAAUGCUGUGGCAUGACAUUAAGACAGCGAUUCAUGCCAGACAUCCCAGGAAUCUGACUGAACUACAGCAAUUUUGUAGAGAAGAAUGGGCCAAGAUUAGUCCUCAUCGAUGUGCAAGACUGAUUUGUAGCUACAGGAAGCGUCUGGUUGAAGUUAUUGCUACCAAAAGGCGGGCCACAAAAUAUUAAAUGUGAUGGUUCACUUGUUUAUUUUUCCCUUAUGUCAUUAUUUGCUUAUUAUCCUUGAUAAAAUAUAAAAACCUAUAAUUUGGGUGGUUUUAGUUAUAGCAGACAGUGUUUUUUCAUUUGUGUGGUUUUGACAAAGAUUAGAACACAUUUGAUGGUGAUUUUAUGCAGAAAUGUGAGUAAUUCCAAAAGGUGCAGACAAUUUUCAUACCACUAUACAUGUGCAAAAUGAAUAUGGUGUAAAUAAAUGCUCAAGGUGUGAAUGAUGAGAGAGUGGCGAGCAGGCACAUGCUAGGUGUAUGUGAGGAGAACUUUCGUUUGUGUGCGUCCGUGACCAAACAAGUGUACAUAUUCCUUUCUUUCUAGCAGGUUUUUGGUGUUUAUUUUGAACUUUAAGUGCUGUGGUCUUGACAGCUUAGAUUAGUUAUAUUUUAUUCUAUUUGUGUAGUAACCGGCUAAAGGGCAAACAAGUAGGCAGUGAAAUGUUAGCAAACUAACGUUAAUAGUUAAGUCCAUGUUCCGACUUGCUGCUAUCAAAUAUUUUUAGAAAUCGAUCAUUAACUUACCUUUGAGCAAGCAUAAGGGUCCUUGGUGUCUUGACAUUCAAUUGUUUAUGUGGUUGACGACAGAGCCUUAUCCAUCAAUAACAUUUGGCGAGCUUUCUUUUAGGCUUUUAAAAAGGCACACAAAAAAAACCCUUCCCCCAAUCUUUCAGGACACCUGGUGUCAGAAUUACAUGUACCCCACGCACAGCAUUUAACCAUCGGGGUUUUUGAAAUUUUUAAGUUUUAAAAAUGAUGUUUUAAGUCACGACCACACAUUCCUAUGCAACUCUACUGUUGGUGUCCGAGUUUUACGAUUUGGGGGCGUAGUUUAGCGAUCAGUCCAUCAAUUGAACGUAAACACUAUCUAUUCUUCUUCUAUGCUUCUUCGCGACUAAGUUUCAUGCUUACUUUAUUGUUAACUUGGUAAUAAUUUAGCUUGUGAACACAUACUUUAAACAAUUUAGUGUGUUGCUCAGUGCUACAAUACGUCAAUGAAAAUAUCUUGGCAUCCUUACCGUAUAAAGCAUUUGGCUCUCGAGUUGCAGGAAAGCAGAAGAGUAGGAGUAUAACAAGAUGGGGAUCUGACCUUGUCGAUGAUUCAGUUGAGAGGCAUAAUCACAAGUAUUCCUCUAGAAACUCAAGGUUACCACUUUUGUGUUGCUUUUUCAUCUAUUGACACACCUCCUUUUACAUGCUUUUGUUUCUUGCUACAAUGUGUGUUCUGUGUAUGGAGAAAUUGGCUUUGAUCAAGUGUUGCAUAACGCAUUAAAGAAGGGCUGAAGCGCAUGUAAAUAUACCACUAUCCUUGUAUGCAAAUGUUCAAUAACGUGUUUAUUACUUUCCUUUGUGAUACUGUUUUGGGAUGAUUUUUUUUCCACUGCAAAAUGUAUUGUUGUUGUUCAGUAGGGUUUAUAAUCACCCCUUUUGUGUGUUUGAUUAAAUAUGUAUGGUAACAAAUGUAAGUAUAGUAUCCUCAUUUUUACACAAGACUAUGAUUAAGAACUGACUGUUUAUGCUCUUUUGUGU